AUGACACCGAAAUGUUCAUCCCGUUCGUCUAUCACCCCGUCAUCAGUCCUGCACCACCACAGUUCAGUUUCACCGAUGGCGAACAUCGGUCCGGACCACGUGAGUUCACAUUUUAUCAUUAUGAUUAGUUAUAAAUCAACAUUUCUGUGAUAUUCCAUCCAUUAAUUAUUGUAGGAAAAACUCGUUUUCCGAAAAAAUAAUAUUUUUGUCCUUUUUUUUCCCCCGAUAAAUAAUACGAUUUAGAGAUUAUUAAUUUACUGUACUUUGGAAAAUAUCAAAAUCUACAAGUACACACGUGUACAAUAUUUUAUAAUGCUUAAUAGCAUAUUGGUAUUUUUAUAAUAUUAUAAUAGAUUACAAAAAAUUGUAGACAGGUUAAAUGUGUAAAAGUCACUUAUACUAGUCUUUUCUAAACGUGGUGUAUUAACCUGAGCUAAUUGAGAGCUAACUAGUUUUUUGCAUUAGUUCCAGGCAUGAAUAAAGAAUAUUCUACUAUCCUCCAAAAGUUAUGGAUAAAUAGGUAUAUUGGUUUUUUGGGUUUUUUUUUUUUAAGAUUCUAUGUACAGAGUGAUUUUUUUUAUGUGAACCAGCAAUUCUCUGAGAUAAUUUUAAGUUAAUUUGAUUUUUGUUUAAUCUAAUCAAUCAUUUGGGCUUUAUUUUAAAACCAUUUUUAAUGUUUUACCCCUACUCUAUAUACCUUAAAUAAGUGCAUACGUUUGAUUUUUAAAUAAGAACUCCCCCCCUUUUGAACACAAAUUUGAAUAGAGAAUAUUUUUCCAAAAAUGUUGGUCAUAGAUAGACAAUUUAUUACCCUUUCCUAUUCUUGCGGUCCAAACUUUAAACUGUUAUAACUCAUAAACGGUAAAUCUGAUAUUAGUGUGAUGCAUAUCAAAAUUUCUAGAAAAGUAUUCUCUAUUCAAAUCAGUGUUCAAAAGAGAGGAUUCGUAUUGAGAAAUCAAAAGUAUACACUUAUUUAAGGUAUAUAGAGUAGGAGUAAAAAAUUAGAAAUGGUUUUAAAAUAAAGCUUAAUCGAUUCCAUAAUGGUCAGAAAAAACAGAAAUCAAAUUCACUUAAAAUCUUCAGAGAUAAUUGCUAGUUCGUAAUAAAAAAAAUCAGCCUAUAUACUACACCAUAAUUCUUCAUCGUGAACACAAUUUUUCUAUCAUUCUUUUAAAUUAUCAUUUAUCACAUCGAACACAUACAUGAUUAUGCUCAUUGAAACAAUUUUUUUCAUCGUAUUUUGCAAAACGAAUGUUAAGCUUUCUUAUAUGUCAUCCAAUAUUGUAUUUGUUUCAUAAAUCGAUUUUCUUUUACGCAUUUGAAAUGGGGAUAACUUUUAAAAACGAAACAAAAACACCCCAUUCGAAGUUUGACAGAACAACGUGACAUAAUUAUCAAAAAGGACAAUCCCGUUUAAAAUAAGACAUAGAGACACUCUAUUCUAUGUAGUUAAAAUUAUUUGACAUGCUUAAAAAUUUAACAUGACGUUCAAUAUAAAUUUUGCUUAGUAGUAAAACAAAAAAAAUGCGAAUUGUACUACAGUUAAAAGUUCAAAUUUAAACUAAAGUCGUAAAAAUUACGGUCUUUCAAAACAUGUUUAACCGAACUUCGCUUAGAAUCAUUUUUCAUUAGCCAUGAUUUUUCGAUGUGAACAGACAUCAAUUAAAUUUAUUUAUUUAUUCUAUCUUUGCAACUAUUGGACUAAUGGUUGUGUUCAAAACAAAUACAAAUGCAAUCUCAUUAUUCCACGAAAUUUUCAAAAAUAACAGAAUAAUCUGAGGUUUUCAAACUGAACAAUAAAAAUCAACUCCCUAUAUAACCCAAACAAAUUGUCAACAAACCCAUUUCUUCGAACAUUGAGAAGUAUGUCUAGUUUUCCUCAUAUUAUUGGUUUAAAACUCAUGAAAAAUAGGUGUGUCCAACUCCUUAAAAAAAAAUCGAAUAAAUGGUUUUUUUUUUUCAUACAUAAGUAUUAAAAUUUGGUAUCCGUAAAGGUAUUACUCGUAUAAUACUAUAUGUCAAUAGGUGUAGAGCUAUUCUAGAGAAUACUUUAUAUUUGAAAUAAAAUAAAAAUAAAAACAUAUCAUCGAAUAAUAUAAAUACUUCUACCUACGCGUUACGACUAUAAUAAUAUAUUUAUAUAUUUAUAAUUGUUACAUUUUUUUUUUAGGGAAUCACAAUUGAAGUGUUCGUUGACAGACGACCAAAGUUUCAAUAUCACUAUAACCAUUCAUUUCUAAAUAGGUGUUCCUUAGCAACUAUAAUGGUACGUACAUUUUUCGAUAAUUUUUAACUUAACUUGUUUAUUGUUUGUAUCAUUAUCUAAUUAGCCUAACUAAUUUAUGUUUUAAUUGGACAAACUUAACUUUAUCUUUUUGUAUAUUUUUAUAUUAAUUAUUUUAGGUACAUUAACUAAAAAUGAAUUAAUUUGCAUUAACAUCCAGUUAAGUCAACGAAUUAAAGAGCAAUAUUUAUAACGAAAUUUGUGAUUUAAUUUUAAUUGACCAUUCUUAAUACUACGGUUUAGGCCGGAUGUACACGAAAGAGUACGAAAUAGACAGCCAGGUUAAUACAGUAAGCAUGCAAAUGAAAUAUCGCAGUUUUUUUUACUGUACAGAUGUGCACCCGGCCUUAUUUGUACUGGUAUCGUAUACAUAAUAUAAAAAGAAUGGGGAAAAUGGCUGAUAACAAUGUUGAAAUGACGUUAUAUGCCCACCUUAGGUACUUAAGGUAUUUUACCUUUAAAGAUAUUUAAAUAUUAAACAUGAAAAUUAAUCCUGAAUAAGACACUUAUUAUCUCGGACCGUACUAAACUUUCUUCGGCAUUUUUUUUUUUUUUUUAACAGUUUACGAACCAAAUAUCUCAACAUUUAAAAUUAUCAUUAUUUUUUAUUACUCUUAUUUUUGGGAGUGAAACCUCGACCAAUUUUUAAAAAAGCAACCUAUAUUAAAACUACCAUUUAUAGAUAAUAUUUUAAUUUAAAUACAUAAAAGUGUUGACAUUUUCACUUCAAGUGAAAUCAAUUAUCGCAGAUAUUUCACUUUUCAGUUUAAACAGGCAGAAAUAGUAGUCUAGUGCAAUAUCAUUAAUGUGGUGGCACAUUGUGUGUCACGAGAUAUAUGAAUAGAGCUCUACUAUACUCUAUCGGCUACCUGUACCCAAACUAAAAAGUAGAAUAUCUCGUCAACGUGUUUACGGAAAUUAAAAAUAUCAACACUAAAAUGUAUUUAAACUAAGACAUCAUUCAUUUAGUAUUCAUGCAAUUUUGAAUACGGAUUGCUACUUGAAAAUCAAAAAUGUGUGAUUGUCUUUUGCCCGAAAAUAAAGGUAACGAAAAAUUACGGUUAUAUAUUAUAAUUUUAGAGUUACUUGUUUUUUAAACUGUCCAAAAAAAUUAUUUUAAAUAAGUAAAAACUUUCCGAGUUAAUAAGUUUCUUAUAAUGAUUAAUCUCUGUAUUAUAUCAUGUCUAAUUAUAUAAGUAAUAUUAAAUCUAAAAUUUCACAAAGUUCAUAUAAUUCCAGAAUGUAUUAAAAUAAUAGCAGAGAAUACGAUAAUUUUCAAACUGAAUUCACAAUUGUUUAUUUAUUAUAUUUUUUCAUUAGGAAUAAUUCACAUUUUUCCAAACAUAAAAAAAUAACAUUUUUAUCUACCUAUAAAUAUGUCUACUCAGCAUAUUCCAUUGACUCUACAUUAAUUAUUUUCCGAAUAAAUUUCUUAAAAAUGCAAAUAUUGCAAAAAUUAUACUAGCAUAAAACAUGUAGAAAAAUUUAAACCAAAAUACUUUAAAAUAUUAAAUAGAAAUAUUUGUUUGGAUUAUAGGUGACUCUGCUGUUUAAUUUUAAUUCAAACGGGAUGGACUGCAAAAAUAAUUGGAAUUGCAUGAGUUGUACAAAUUCAUCAGUAUACAAGUGCAGUUGGUCCAUUGAAAAACAAAAGUGUUACAGCAAUUUUACGAUUCCUAGCGAUCUUAAAGAAAGUAGGAUGGUGGCCAAUAGGUCGUCUUGCCCAAAUUUUAAAAUUCUGACUAAAAAAAAACAUGGUGAUAAUUUCAGUGCUAUGGUGACAAUUUCCAAUGAUCAAAAUGAUUUAAUCGGAUUGUUAAAAGAAAAAAAACUCAUGUGUCAGAUUGACGAAGACUAUUUCAAUGCUUCAGUUUCCAACGACUCUGUCGUUUGUUCUGAUCAACGCCUGUAUACCAAUGAAAGUCUGGUUCAGAAAAUCACCGAUGGGGAAACAAUAUAUUACUCGUAUAUAUCAGUGGUAUUUGACGACAAUCGGUUGGUUUUUAAUAAAUUUGAAGAGCACUACAUAAAAAAAUCCAAUGCUAGCCUUUGUUCCCACGUUAUCUGUAAGAGUUGUGCAUGGAAUGACGAUCAAUAUAUGGUAUACUGUGUGAAAUAUCCCAGGAAUAUAAACAAUACGUGUACGUGUAGUAACGAAAACCAAUUCUGUGAUAUUAGAAAACUCUCGAACUUGGAUACGGAUCACAUAGCACUGGAUACAAACAAAUGUAAUACAGCUAUCAAGUCGUUUAAACCAUUAUGUGGACCGUGGACCGAUGUUACGAACUUACAAGUCGAACUAAACAAUCAUACAAUGCUGUUCAUCAACGAUAAAUCACCCAACAUCACUGUCACAAUAGCCGGACGCAAUUGUACGCCAAUCACGUUCUUGGGAAACAAUACCAUCUAUUGUCCUUUGCUACCAGAGGUCAAAAAAAUUCCUUUGAAAAAAGGGCCAGUGUUAGUUUCAGUUCAACCUGCUAAAUUUAAACACCUAACCUUGCAAUUCCAAUCCGAAACUCAUUUUAAUUUCAUCGAGCCCAAAAUCAUUAAAUUUUGGCCUACUUAUGGUCCCACAACGGGUGGCACUAAGCUAACCAUCAAUGGAGAAAUGUUCGGCUCAAGCAGCCCUUUAAAGUUACUGGUUGCGAACAAAAAUUGUAAAAUUAUAGAUCGUCAUGAAAAUCAACUGAUCUGUGAAACGAACUCAAACCAGCAGAUCAACAAAUCGGGAUGUUUGGUACAGCAAUCGCUGUCAAGAGGCCCAUUAAAGCUCAUUUACGUCGGCCAUGGAAUAGUCGAAUACAAUGAAACUCUGUUUGAAUACGUGGUAUACCCGACUGUAGCUGCAGACCAAGAGUUCAGUGGUAUUAUGUCUGGUAAUACAAGGCUUAUGGUACGAGGCCAACAUUUUGCUUGCUUAAAUCACACAAAAAUCUGCGUCGGUAACAGAGACAACUGCACAUGUCAUUACGGUAAAUGUCAAGUUUUGAAUGACACGUGCAUGGUUUGUGAGACCCCCAAAUUCGAGGUCUAUUCCAAAAAAGUAAUACCUAUGAGUUUUUAUGCAAAUAUAACCACAAAAUCAGUGAUAUUUAAUCCACCGAAUUCGGCACUGUACCACCUGUACCCGGACCCGACUUUCUCGGACUUUGUUUUGGACGGCUGUUGUAACGUUACUAUAAACAGUAUGCACUUAAUACGUGGUUACCACGUUGAAGACUUGUCCAUCCGAUCCAUCGGAAACUCCACUGAAUGCCUUAAUAUUUCGAUGACAACUAACCAAAUCUAUUGUCAGCUGCCUCCAUUAAAUCCACUGCCGAAUGUGAUUUCCGUCACGAUAGGUUUCGGUCUAACGAUUAACGUUCCGAUGACGAAAUCUGGUGAAACCAGUGGUUUAUUAGCUUUAAUGGUUUUACCGAACAUCUUCACUAUUGCUUACAUAAUGUUCACGUUUAUAACCUUAUUGUGUGUGACUUUUUUUGGUUUAAAAUCAUCAAUAAAAUACGACCUUUUAUCGUUACGUCAUAAUAAACCUCUAUUUGAGAUGAAACAGUUGAACAGACGGCAAUCAAAUUCCACUGACGACAAAGAUGAGUCAGGAAAUUCGGCAUAA